UACUGGACGACGUCCAUUUUCUGGGGAACAAUAUUGCGAAUCAGCCAUUUACAACCGAAAAUGCAAGUCAGUGCAGGCAGGACUUGAUUCAUCAUUUGUUUUGGCCAUUGAAUAUCUAGCCAAUAUCUAAUAAUCACAGAGGUAAACUUUGUUAAUAGGCCCUCUUAAACAGGAUACCAUUGACAUGGAUAUCAAACUCUGUCAUGUUGUGUUUCUGUUGAUUCCAUCAUCUCUGUUGAAGGUGUAACUUAUUGAACGUCAUCAAUCAAGCAUCUUUGAAGAGAACCGUUUCAGACCAAUGAUGUGUAAACUCUAUAGAAUACUAUCACUACUAUGUAUUCACUUUUAGUCAUUGAUGCACAGGACACGUCCAUAUUCAUAAAACAAAUUGGUUGGAGGAUUGAAUGAGUCUGCACAUUUAUGAAUUUGCCUCUGUCAUGUCUUUUUUACUCUGCUAUAAAACAGUAUGUGUUUCCUAUAUUUUAUUAUAAAUAGUGGAAGCUGAAGAUGGUCACGUUUUCCAAUCAACACAACAAGUAGUCUGAUAAGCAUUUCCUCUGUGUUUCCAACAGUCACCUACUCAGUCAAGAAGUACAGCCUCGUCCCUGAGAAGAAAAACUGGACCGAAGCACAAGAAUACUGCAGACAACACUACACAAACCUGGCCAUCAUACACACAGAAGAGGAUUGGAAGGCAAUUCAAUCCUCUUUGGGUGAUUUCAGUGGUGAUGUGUGGAUUGGGCUCCAUAGGUCUGGUCCAACUGAAAAGUGGAAGUGGUCUGAUGGACAGGACUUCAUGUUCUUUAACUGGGAAAAAGGUUUUGGUGUCAACACUGAGGGUUACGACUGUGUCUUGUCUAUUUCAUCUCAUUGGCAACCAGUGAAUUGUGCAGCCCUAAGUCAGUAUAUGUGUCAAUGAGUUCGUCAUGGUAAUGGAACAACAGAGAGGGUGUAUGAGCUGAUGCCUGGGGCAACGAUGUGGCAGGAUGCUGUGACAGACUGCAAGACAAUAAAAGGCAGAGAACUGGCGAGUAUCUGUAACCAGAAAGAACAGGAAGCAUUUGAUGAGGUGACUACAGAGGCCACCUGGAUUGGACUUCAGCAGAAGAACAAACUAUGGGAUUGGUCAAACGGAGAACCAUUUCAGCAAUGGGAACAUACCAUGGGAGGUGGAAACUGUGUACAGCUGAACUCAGACAGAAAAUGGACACCAAAAGAUUGCUCUAGUCAAAGUAUUUUCCUUUGCUAUGGAGAUGAACACCCACUUAACACCACAGGGGAUUUGACCAUUCCUGUUACCCCUGAAACCACCAGCCCUAUUUCCACCACAACACCUACCACUUUACUACCUACUGCUACUAUUGGACAGUCCACCACCUCACCAACUACAACCACUAAUGGACAGUCCACCACCUCACUAACUACCACCACUAAUGGACAGUCCACCACCUCACCAACUACAACCACUAAUGGACAGUCCACCACCUCACCAACUACAACCACUAAUGGACAGUCCACCACCUCACUAACUACCACUACUAAUGGAGAGUCGACAACACCACCAACAUCAACUUCCAGUGGACAACUGACCUCAUCGUGUCCCACCUCCCCAGACUGGAAUCCUACAUCCUCACCCAGUAGUGCAACUUCUCCACUCCAUCCUGAUUACCCGCACUACAUCAACGAGUCCAAGAGCUGGAUAAAUGCCCUGAAGUUCUGUAAAAGUCGUGGCUCCAAGUCCAACCUGGUGCACAUCACCAACCAAACCGUACAGGCUGACGUGACCCAGCUCCUGGCCAAUGUGGAGCUGCCAUGUGGGGGGGUAUGGAUUGGUCUGGAGCGGUCCAUCUUUGAGUGGAGCGCCCCCUGGCUGUGGACCAGUGGUGAUGUUGAUAAGGUGGUGAAGUACAGUGGGUGGCACAGCUGCUUCCCCCUCAAGCCCAUCAAUUACCACUGUGGUAAGAUGGUCCGGGUUGGUAACAGAGAACUGAAGUGGCUGGAUGCUUCCUGUCAUCAGGAAUUACCCUUCAUCUGUCAAGAUCUCCACCAGAGGGCUCACCAUGGCAGCCGGGACAGUCUGCAGACAGACACAAUGUAACAGCAUAGCUGAUCUAAUCUACCAGAGAGACUACCACACUCAAGGUCUGGAAGGAACCUGCAUUUGAAUUCAUUAUAUUGUUACACUACUAAUACUACUUUUCAUAUUAUUACUGUUAUUAUUAUUUAUAUUACAAUUAUUACAACUUUUUAUUACUUUUAUUUAUCAUUUUCACCUAUUACAUUACAUUACUUAAUGACACUGUAUGUUCAUUCAUAACCAU